GGUUUCACGGAACGGUACUUGGUUACCAGGAUUGGGGUCGAGAUGUCCUACAUCCCUGGCCAACCCGUCACUGCGGUGGUGCAAAGAGUUGAAAUUCACAAGCUUCGUCAAGGUGAGAACUUAAUCCUGGGCUUCAGCAUUGGAGGUGGAAUUGACCAGGACCCCUCCCAGAAUCCCUUCUCAGAAGAUAAGACAGACAAGGGCAUUUAUGUCACCCGGGUGUCUGAGGGCGGGCCUGCUGAAAUUGCUGGGCUGCAGAUUGGAGACAAGAUCAUGCAGGUGAAUGGAUGGGACAUGACCAUGGUCACCCAUGACCAGGCCCGGAAGCGGCUCACCAAGCGCUCUGAAGAGGUGGUGCGCCUGCUGGUGACGCGGCAAUCGCUGCAGAAGGCUGUGCAGCAGUCUAUGCUGUCGUAG